AUGGCGGACGUGACAGUGCUGAGAUGCUGGCCAGCCUGCGUCGAUGCAAUCGAUUGGUCUUCCGACGGCAUCAUUGCAUUAGCGUCGGAUGAGCGCGUAGAGCUGCUUUUCCCGAACACUGUUGACUUCGAGCGAGACCAAGUCCUGCCGCAAUGGCAGCAUGUACCUCUCAAGGUACCCUUGUUCUCGACCGAUGAGCUCCCACUCAAAGAACCUGCGCCAACAUCCAACUACUCGGUCGGCGAAGAGAUCUCUAACAGCGCUCCCAUUAGCAUCGCGUGGUCUCCGCCCGGCAUUGCUAAACAUCGAAAAUGCGCGCUUGCUGCUCUUACCGCAAAUCUGACGCUUUCCCUCUGGUCAGCAGCAGAAGGCAAGCCAGAGGAUGAGACAAGUUGGGCCCGACGAUUGAUCAUCAACGAUGCACUCGUUGACCACUUCGGAGACUGGGACGACGAACCUAGCUACGUGGUGCACGAUUCAAAAGAACGACUGCGGUCAAGAGGCCGCAUUCGAGCGUUCGCCUGGGCACCCGCUAUGCCUUGCUCAGAAACGCCUGGUGUCGUCGGUACUCACUUGGUGUACGGUCCGCACAUGUUAGCAGUCUCUGAUGAUGACAACCACCUCGUGUUUCUGAAGAUCGAAACACCGACGUCCUCACUGGGAGCUGAGCCGGACUGGAGGGCUGAGGUACUAACACAUCAGUCUUUCGCACUGUCCUCGGAGACGGUCUUCCCACAACCUGAUAUUUUCGAAGACAUGAUUAAACAGCAAAGGUACAUAUCGCAUAUCGCCUGGAGUCCUUGGAUCAUCUGCAACGAAUCUUAUCGUUCCGUACUGGUAUACGCUACGAAUGAAGACGUACGGGCGCGGACCAUCACGUAUGACCACGGGCAAAUGAACCUGGAGCACGAAGUCGUCUACGCAGGCUACGAAAUGAGGUAUGAUGGCCCGAUGAAAUGGUUUCACCGAGUCGAAGACGGAGACAGACUAAAGCUUGCCCUCUUCACAAACACGGGACUAGUAUAUCUAACGGUAUCCGCUCUUGACGCUUCCAUCAUCGAAAGGAGUACGCAUGAUCUGGACGGGCGAUGGGAUCCGGUCUCAGGCCUUGUUUGGGAUACGACUGGCGCCACAACUCCCCGUCUCCAUAUAAGCUCUCUGUUGUCGACCCUUCACAGUCCGACUGCUAUUCUUGAGCAGACUUCUGAUGGGCUCAAAGGUCUUGAUGCCCCAGAAUGGCGGGAGAGAAUCGGAAAUAACCUGGCACUGUUUAGUGUGAAGAAUGGACUCAAAGGCAAUAGCAGGGCCAAGGUAUGGGGUCUCGCGAGAUCUCCGCUGGGCGACUUCAUUGCGGCAUGCAACAGCGUACAUCCUUCCGAUAUGAUCGAGUACGGUAUUCCGGCUGACCGUAGUGGCGCCGUGGCUAUCAGCUCUUUGCGACCUGGCAGCCGUUCACGGGACAUCUUUCCAAAAGAGAACGUAACCGCAGAAGGAAUAAUGUACAGUCUCAAGAAGUUGGCAGAAGAACUUGUCGAGGACCCUGACGACAUACCCGCAUUCGCGGAUGAGAUGGUUUCAAAGCUAGUCGAGACUUACACAGCUCUUCCUGUCAGUGAGAUGAGCGCGACCACAUCAAUAGCGUACCCCACUGUCAACGAUCUCGAUUCGUUGAUCAAGGGAUUCAAGUCGAAUGCUUUCCUUGAAUCAUCUACACUGAAGGAUCGCUACACCAUCCUUGUGUCUGAAGCCUACAAGACGCAGAUCAACAAGGAGCUACCGAAGACUCUGAUUGCGUAUCGUCUCGCUGUGGCCUUGCAACAACUUCCUUCAUCUUUAUCGGAUACGCCUUUCAGCGCAGAAAUUCGCACGCAUCACAAGCAACUCGUCACACUCAUCAACAUGGUCAUGGGCUAUGACGAUACAUCCGACGACGAGUUCAUCAUGGCCCAAGAAGACGCGGAACGCAAUAAAGGCGCCGCCACUGGAGACAACACGGUCAUGACAGGCGUGAUAAGAGACGGAUCGGUAUCAGAGGGAGAACAGGAGAGCAGUGGUUCAUUGAACAAGGUGGAUGAAGAGGGUUCUAGUGACCAAGAAGGAGACGAGCAAGCCAUGGCUGUGGAGCAAGAAAGCAACGAUUCUGACGGUGAAGAUCAUGAGUACGAACGAAGGGAGUUGCCCAUCACGCUGGCACGGGUACUGUUCCUUGCCUGCGAUGCCUGCAUCUACUGCGGUGGCAAAUUUAUUGGUUGA